AUAAAAACAUGGUUGACUGACGUUUUAUAAAAGUUAUUAUUGCAAAUAUAAAAAAUAUUAAAUAAUUGAGUAUUUUGUUUUCAUACAAGUUACUAUAUAUACCAUCUAUAUAUUAAAAAAUUAAAAAGUCAUCAAUAAUUUUGUAUUAUUUAUUCAAUUUAUCAUCAUUAUAAAUUAAAUAAUGGAUCGAAGAAGUAGAUCUAGAGAACGUGAACAAGAUCGUGAACGUGAACGUGAACGUGAUCGUGAACGUGAUCGUGAUCGUGAUAGAAGAGAUCGUCGUCGUUCACGUAGUCGUUCAAAAGAUCGUAAAAGAGAUCGUAAACGUUCAAAAACUCCUGAUAAACUUCAAAAACGUGAUAGAUCAAGAGAACGUAUUAAAGGAUCAAAUACAAAUUCUAAAGAUAAUAAAAAACGUAAAUCAAGUCCAACAGCAUCAUCAACAGGUUUAUUUAUUCAUGAUGAUGAAAUUAAAAAACAUGACAAUGAAAAAAAUGAUGAUAAAUCAACUAAAAAUAUUGCUAAAAUAGAUGAUAAUGAUAAUGAUGAAGAAAAUAAUGAUAAAACAAAAACUAAAGAACUUGAUCAACAACAACAACAUAAACAAAAAAAAAAAGAACCACUUAGUUUGGAAGAAUUAUUGGCAAAAAAAAAAGCUGAAGAAGAAGCAAGAUCAAAACCAAAAUUUUUAACAAAAGAAGAAAGAGCAGCAUUGGCAUUGGAAAAACGUCAACAAGCUGUUGAAAAUAUGAAAAAUCAACAAGAUGAAGAUAGACGUAAAUUUUUUUCAAAACAACAAGAAAGUUCAUCAUCAACAUCAACAUCAACAUCAACACAUUGUGAUUUAGAUAAUAAUAAUGAUGAUGAUACAAAUAAUAAACGUCGUGAACGUGAACGUGAUCGUGAUCGUGAACGUGAUCGUGAACGUGAACGUGAUAAUAAUAAUUCAACAUUAAAAUAUACAAAUGAAGAUAAAGAAAAAGAAGUUGAAGCAAUUAAAGAAAGAUAUCUUGGUCAAGUUAAAAAAAAAAGACGUGUUAGAAGAUUAAAUGAUCGUAAAUUUGUAUUUGAUUGGAAUGCAUCAGAGGAUACAUCAGUUGAUUAUAAUAAUAUAUAUAAAGAACGUCAUCAGGUACAAUUUUUUGGUCGUGGUAAUUUAGCUGGUAUUGAUAUUAAAGCACAAAAACUUGAUCAAUCGGAAUUUUAUGGUAAAUUAUUAAAAAAACGUAGAACAGAAGCUGAAAAAGAACAAGAAAAAAUGAGAUUAAAAAAAGUUAAACAAAAAGAAGAAAAACAAAAAUGGGAUGAUCGUCAUUGGUCAGAUAAACAAUUAAAUGAAAUGACUGAAAGAGAUUGGCGUAUAUUUAAAGAAGAUUAUAAUAUAACAAUAAAAGGUGGACGUAUACCAGAUCCAAUAAGAUCAUGGAAAGAAUCAAAUUUUCCAAAAGAAAUACUUGAUAUUAUUGAAAAAGUUGGAUAUAAAGAUUUAACACCAAUUCAACGACAAGCAAUACCAAUUGGUUUACAAAAUCGUGAUAUUAUUGGUGUUGCUGAAACUGGAUCUGGUAAAACAUUGGCAUAUUUAAUACCACUAUUGUUGUGGAUAACAUCAUUGCCAAAAAUUGAAAAAGUUAAAAAUGCUGAUCAAGGACCAUACAGUAUUAUAUUGGCACCAACACGUGAGCUGGCACAACAAAUUGAAGAAGAAACAAAUAAAUUUGGUAAUACACUUGGUAUACGUUGUGUACUUGUUGUUGGUGGUUUAUCACGUGAAGAACAAGGUUUAAGAUUACAAAUGGGUUGUGAUAUUGUUAUUGCAACACCUGGACGUCUUAUUGAUGUACUUGAAAAUCGUUAUUUAGUAUUAAAUCAAUGUACAUAUAUUGUACUUGAUGAAGCUGAUAGAAUGAUUGACAUGGGUUUUGAGGGUGAUGUACAAAAAAUAUUAGGCUAUAUGCCAUUGACAAAUUUAAAACCUGAUAAUGAUGAUGCUGAAGAUGGAGAAAAAUUAUUAGCAAAUUAUACGAAAAAAAAAUAUCGUCAAACUGUUAUGUUUACAGCAACAAUGCCAACAGCUGUUGAAAGACUUGCUAGAACAUAUUUACGUCGUCCAGCAGUUGUUUAUAUUGGUAGUAUUGGUAAACCAACUGAAAGAACUGAACAAAUAAUACAUAUUAUGGGUGAAUCAGAUAAACGUAGAAAACUUAUGGAAUUAUUAAGUCGUGGAUUUGAACCACCAAUAAUAAUAUUUGUUAAUCAAAAAAAAGGUGCUGAUGUACUUGCACGUAGUCUUGAAAAACUUGGUCAUAAUGCAUGUACAUUACAUGGUGGUAAAGGACAAGAACAACGUGAAUAUGCACUUGCAUCAUUAAAAGGUGGUAAUAAAGAUAUACUUGUUGCAACUGAUGUUGCUGGUAGAGGUAUUGAUAUUAAAGAUGUAUCAACUGUUAUUAAUUAUGAUAUGGCUAAAACAAUUGAAGAUUAUACACAUAGAAUUGGUAGAACUGGUCGUGCUGGUAAAAAUGGUCUUGCAAUAUCAUUUUGUACAAAAGAUGAUAGCCAUUUGUUUUAUGAUCUCAAACAAAUUAUAUUAUCAAGUCCAAUAUCAACUUGUCCACCACAAUUAUUAAAUCAUCCUGAUGCACAACAUAAACCUGGUACUGUUGUAACUAAAAAAAAACGUGAAGAGCAAAUAUUUGCUUAAUGAUAAUAAUAAUAAUGAAUAAUAAUGCAAGUGUCAACUUGACAAUUUGGAUUCAACCAACAUCACCACCAUUAUUUUCAAGUGUAAAAUUAAAUUAUUUUAUAUUCAUCAUUGAAAAAAAAAAAGAAAUUUAAUAAUAAAAACUACAAACAAAUAA